UCUCUCUCCCACACCCUUCCUGUUUCUGCAAAUUUCAGUUUUCUUUAUUAGAUUUUUUAGGUGGCGCAGAACAAAAAACAAAAAAAAUAAAUGGCAACUCCAAACAUGGCUACUAUUGAGAGAUCCUUGCAAAACUGCUCCUUGAACCACCAAUUAGCUGUGCCGGCGGCAGAGACGUUGGAACUGAAUUCAGAAGGCAGGGCCCUCCCUUUGCAUUGGGAGCAAUGCCUUGAUUUAAAGAGCGGUGAGAUAUACUACAUAAACUGGAAGACGGGCAUGAAGGCGACGGAGGAUCCACGGACGGUAGAGUACUCGGAGGAGGACAGCAGCUCGUACGACAGCGAGGGGUGGUCAUCGCCUUCUUCAUCAAGGGAGCAAUGUAGUAGUAUAAAAAAUCAAGAAAAUUGUUGUGAUGAAGAAAAAGAAAAGAGUGAGAAUAAAGAAGAAGAAGACAUGGUUCUGGUGGUGGCUGGAUGCAAGGCCUGCCUAAUGUACUACCUGCUGCCCAAACACCUUCAAAUAUGCCCCAAAUGCUCUGCCCUACUUCUCCACCUUGAUCCAUCCCAUAAUGCCUCUUCUUGA